AUGUCUCUACCUAGCAAAAAGCAGAAGCUCGACAGAAGCCACGUCCACUACGACCUUACGGAUGCAAUAGCUCGUUUUCCAUCAUCCAUUUCAGCAUUACAGAUGCUGCUAGCAACAGGCCUCGCGCCUGAAAUGAGUGCAUUGCAGCCGUUUCUCGAAUCAAUCCUACAAUCAAUCUCUCAUAACUCAGUGGAACCAAUAUACCAAUCUUCAAAACUCACACUCAGUCUUGUUAUUGAUAAGCUCGGCAUCGAUUUCAUUGAUGAUCAUCCUCAAUAUUAUUGGGAGUUGACAGAGGAUCAAAUGAAAUACAGCACCCAAAAGCCACUCUCUUCGUGGGCGGCUCUCGCGAUUGAUAAGCUCAAGCACUCCCCAAGGUUAUCAAAGUUUCAACGUGAACCUUCUGCGCGCACUUUGUUUGACAUUUUACUUGCAGACCGCUUUGAUCAGCUCGAUGAUACUGAAGCAAAUUGCCGACUGUCCGUCGGAUAUGAAGUUCCCGUGAUGGUGAAUAUCAGCAAAGAUCGUGGCGGGGGAAAGAUUUCCGGCCGAGCCGACUGGUCCCUUGGCUAUAUGACCGAACUUGAUAAGUUGGAGCAGAUGCUGGUAGUGAUCGAGGCUAAGACUGAUGUCUCAUCCGACCGGAACAUGGCUCAGCUGUUAGUGUAUCUCCAUGCUAUCCAGGAGGCGCGCGUUCAAAGCAAGAAGAACUCUUCCGCUGUUUUUGGUGUUCUUACCGACUCAAAACUCUUCCGAUUCGUCGUCUUGCGCGAAAAUUCGCGCGUCAUGGCAUCUGAACCAUUGCAAUGGACGCCUCGCAAGACUGAUGUGGUUGCAUUUUUAGACAAUAUUCUACUUGAUGCCAUCAAAUCCUCACUGCAUACAACUCCUCAAAAGACAGGAAACACUACAAUCAACUGUUUCAACCGCCAUUUGCAGUUGACGUACAGUAUACCGGCUGUGGAAAGUGAUGUUACCACGAAUGAAGAUGAGGAUUAUGAUGAGGCAUUUGAUGUUGUCAAGAUUGGCGGUGUGUCAGUUCUGAGGCCCCGUGAGCAGUAA